CAAAUGUUGGCUUUCAUGAUGUAGAAAGAAUAUCAUCUGUGUCUAAGCUAUACAAUUCCUGUGGUGUUUUAGUGACAAACCAGGAUUAUUCCGGACGUGCAAAGUUAGUCGCUCAUGAUAUAGAUAUUGUUCUUACAUAUCAGAAUAAUAUAGUUAAGAUACUUGAUAAACGAGUUAAAUAUGAAAAUAAACAUGGAGAUUCACAAAUUAGUUUAAGCGAGAUGCGUGAAUUUAUCGAAACUGUUGCUUCUAGACUGAAGGAAGAAUAUGGGUUUUUUGUUUCAAAUGUUGAUAUGUCUAUCCAUGCUUCAAAUAAAUUGUUGAAUUCUGAAUAUCGUGAAGAGAUCAUAGUAUGUAAGGAAACUAAAAUUGUUGAAUUGAUUAAAAAAUUUGAAGAAAUAACAUUAAAAAGGUCCAAUGAAGAUAAGAAGCUUAAAAUUGAAGAUGAUGAAAAGGACAAAAAAAAUCAAAAAAUUAAAUCAAAAAAUUGA